AUGAGAGUGCAGCUGCUUGAGCUGCUGGGCCCCGAAAUGCCUCUGCAUCACCGACCGGAUGAUGAUCUGUUCGCUCUUCUGGUCGAUGAGGCCGUCGAUGACACCCUUCGUGAUGGCCGUGACGACGAGCUCCUCGACUUGCUCCCUGAUGUCGAUGGGCACGCCCAGGGCCUCCAAGUUCUCCUCGCCGUGCUUGGCGACAAUGGCCUCGAGGUCGUCGUUGUUGCCCUCGACCAGGAGGUCAAGCAGCUCCUUGAGGACCGCGUAUUUCGUGCGGCCGAGGUGCUCCAUGGCCGGCAUCAUGCGGAGCCUGUCGAAGUAGAGCACGUCGGGCGCCUUGAUGCUCCUGAUGCAGAAGUGCGCGGCGGCGUCGAUGUUUUCGGGCGUCAGCAUCGCGAUGGUGUCGCAACACUCGAUACGCUUCUCCCAGUACUUGUAUGCCAUGUCCGUCUUGCCCAUCUUGUCGAGCUGUUCCGAGAUGAUGCGGCAGAUGUGGAUCUUGGUGCUGUUGUCCAGCGCCCAGUCCUUCAUCCAGUCGUCGAGCUGCGUCACAUUGAGCCUCAAUAA